GGCAACUAUUGCAACAGGGCAACUGACGCGCCGCGAACGGGGAAGUGGCUGCGGUUCGUUAAGCUUGAACGCUCGUCUAUGCUUUAUUGUCCUGCGAUUGAUCAAGAGACCGGAGGAACACACACACAAUAUCUAAAAUGUCUCUCCUUGCGUAUAUUCUACCGAUAAUCAGGAUUUAUCUGGUCGGUUUGAAGGUUCUACUAUGUCAAAUGUUUAGCAGUCCUUUCACGUUGCCAGUGAUGCCCAAUCAACAUGGCAGGGUUGCCAUAGUGACUGGAGGAGCCAGAGGGAUUGGCUAUGAGAUUGCUAGACACAUGGCCAGCCUGGGGGCGCAUGUUAUCAUAGGUGGGAAGGAUGAGCAAGAGGGCCUGUCCGCUUUGAGGAGGAUUUCUAAGGAGAACACAGAGGCCAAAGUGGAGUUUGAGGUGCUUGACCUCGCCUCGCUGCAGUCAGUCCGACGAUUUGUUGAGACCUUCAAGGGGCGGGACCUGCGCCUGCAUAUCCUGGUCAACAAUGCUGCCGUCAUGUUCGUGUCUGAGGGCUGUACAAAAGAGGGUUUUGAGCAGCACUUUGGGGUCAACUACCUUGGACACUUCCUGUUGACCUUGCUGCUCCUGGACAUCCUGAGGCACUCUGGGAAGUGCGGUUCCAGCGCGCGUGUGGUCAACGUCUCCUCGUCUGCUCACCGUGCUGGAGAGAUCAAACUCCACGAUCUGCAGAGCAGAAAGUGCUAUUCUCCCCAUGCCGCCUACUGCCAAAGUAAGCUGGCGCUCCUCUUAUUCUCGUCCCACCUACAACUGGUGCUGGCGAGCGGAGGGUUCCCAGUGAGCUCCUGUGCGGUGGACCCUGGCAUGGUGGACACAGCCCUGUACCGCCACCUCCCUGUGCCUCUCCGCCUGGCACAGCGAGCCGCAGCUCGUCUGUUCUUCAGGACCCCAUCAGAGGGUGCGUCCACGGUGCUGUACAGUGCUCUGUCCCCCUCCCUGGAAGGAGAUGGCGGGGGCUACUGGGCUAAUGGACGCAGGGAGAUGACAUCACACCCCGCGACCCACGACCCCCAGCUCCAGCUUCGUCUGUGGGAUGCCAGCCUGAAGCUAGUGGGCCUAAACGCUAGCAGGUUAACAACGCUGGGUUAACCCCAGGACUAACUUUUGGACAGAAGACUUAUCUUGGACUAUCUUGGAUAAACCCUCUCCUCCUCUACUCAUCCUUCCCUCCUUCCCUCCCUCUAUCCUGGCCUCCACUCGUCCCUCUUCUCCUCCGGUCCUUUUCUCGUGUCAUAUCUGGCCAUUAUCUUUGUGUUUGACAAUCCUUCCUCCAAAACUGGAUACGGAACUGACGGUGGAGGAUGGCCCCCCCGUCCUUCUCUGAGAUCUUUGUGAAAAGAAAAGAAUGGACCCCUCUCUCGCUGGCAUUGUGAACACACACACACCUGUCCAAGCCGUGAGUGCGCUGGGCUUCUUCGCAAGGGUGUGUGCGCUGAUCCAAUCUUUUCCUAAGCGGGAAAACCGCCGUCUCUCCAAUCGGAGAACGCGACUCCUCCCUGGUGUGAUGUCAUCCGGACGUGUCCGUGAGUGUCGCUGUGUUCUCCGUGUCGUCGGUUUCGUCGAUGUUGCCCGAAGCGUUGCGCUUUCUUCAGUGUCUCCGUGUGAUCUUUCUCAGAGCAGCUUUCAAGUUGGUUUCUCUCUGUCCUGUGCCGUGCUCUCUGAUGCUCUCUGGUUAGACGAAAGGAAAGAUUGAAGUAACAGCACAUGUAUCCACUUUCAUUGUGUUCUCUCAAUCGGCCUCUCUCAGUCGGCCUCUCUAAGUGUACAUUGUGUGUGUUUUACUCUUUAUCAGUGUUUGUCCUUAUUGUGUUUUUUUUUAUGCACAAGAUAAAUUGUAAAUGUAUUGAUAGCACAACAACACACUCUGACUGGUGAGCUGUGAGUGAGAGUUGGAGAAUAUUCCGUAUGUGUGUUUGAGUAUCUGAGCUCUGAUUGGUUCUCUGCUGCUCAUUCAUUUUGGCCCAGCUCCCAGUGCAUUGUGAGAUUGUGAUUUCCCAGCGGUGAGAAUCAGAAUCCAUGUGCAGAAUAAAGACAAAGGCAAACACCAACAACGCACACAAGCAAACACACACACACAAACAAUACCAACGACAUAUCCAAUCAUGGGCUUAUCUCAACAAGCACACCAAAACCAAAAAAUACACACACCACCAUCCCAUCCACACUGUGAUGUACCUAAACACUCUGAAAAUAACAGCCUUAUCUGAAGCAAAGCUUUUUGGUUUUGGAUAGGCAUACAGCCUUCGCAAACAUACUCAUGCGGACAUUUACUCACAUUUAUACGGUUCACUAACCCUAACCUUUCACUGUGAAGAUUGUUGGCUGUGUACUGCUGAGAGCAUUAUGGCUCGUGCUACUGUAUCAUGUGUUUCCUAGACGGAGGUAUUACCGAGCUAGGUGGCAGAUGAUGCAGUACUGCCCUGAGAUGACGAUGCAGUGUUCUAGAUGCCACAUAACUCCCUCACUUUCUUCCAUCGCGGAGGUCAGAGAAUCUGGGACGGCGGAUCUCAAGAACACUUCAUCUGCUGUGUGUGACCGAUGGUCCGUUUAAAGCCGUGAAAUCACUGUGACGGAUAGGCAAGCUCUGACUUCAUUAUAUGUGCCAAACACACGCCUACGCUCACACAUGCACACACCUCACAUAUCGAUGAAACUAACAUCCUGUUCAAAGCUCGCCCCCUCUGACCGUCGAACCAUGUCAUAAAAACAAGCUCAAUCUCAAGCUCAAAUACUAGCUCGAAAACACUGACAUGCAAAGGCUUUUCUCUAAUCUUCAAUUUGUUCACUUUGUUUUUCUUCCGAGCACAAGGUUUAUGUCUUCCAAAGAUACUGUCUGUGAGAAUAGAAUCUAACUGUGUUUGUUGGUAAGUUGCUGGGCUGCUUUAAGCACCAAGCCUUCAGCGUCAAUCGAGUGAGAUCUGGAAAGACAGACAGACAGACAGGGUGUGAUGCUCUGGUCCUAUGAAUACUCUAGGAUUGCAUUUCUAUUAAAUGUUCCAAUCCCAGUCUAUUUGAGUCUGAUUGUGUACAGAGUAUCUAUAAACAGAAAGGAGGUCAGAGGAACGAAACACCCAGGUCCAGAUGGAUAAGAGGUGUUUGUUCUUAAAAGGUUCAGCUGUUCCAGUGGUGGAAUUGACACCAAAAACAAUGUUAUUUGUCUUCCUUUACUCUGACUUAAUACAACCGCCUUUCAUUCUGCAUGGAAGUCGCAUAGGAACAUACCUAAAGAAUUUUGCAUCAGAUUGAAACAUUUAUGAGGGAAGGAUGUCUGAAAUGUGUAAAAAAUAGAUUUUAUUGGUUGAAAACAAUGUUGCUUUGCUGUGCCUGAAUCUGUCCCAAGAUAUUUAACUGUGAUUUUUAAUUCACUUUACAGUCUGAAGAGUAAAAACUAUGAUAUGUCUCGUCCUUUGUUACAUCGUUGUCAAUUUUAUUGAAUUCUCUGGAACGAUGAGAGUUGUAGGCUGUUGCAGUAUUCUGUGUGUGAUUGUGACAUUCAGGACACCUCCUUUUCUAACACCCAAAGCCUCUCAAUAAACAUAUCAUUGUGCCA